GUGUAGCCUCAACACUGAACACUGAAAUCAGAUCCAUUGCUCAGGGCAAGUUAUUUAGAUACCAAGCAAAUAUUCUUGUCAUCUUGCGAUAAACAGAAAAAAAACAUGCAGUAAAGAUGGUACUGGUUGCUUCCAUAUUACAGUUUUUACAUGAUUUGUUUAUUUCUUGGAUUGUGACACUUUCGGCCUUCCGCUUCUGGCCCUUUGUGCUUGUGGAUUUUGAACUUUCCCGGUGGGCUUUAGGACCCGGGAGAUUCCUCCUGCAUGCAGCGGCAGCAGUCUGCCGCUACAGAAGGACCAGAAAUCUGCAGCCCACAGAAUGAAGAGAUCAAAAUGAUGCUGCAUCCAAAAAAGGAUUAAACGUAAGCAAUCUGCCGUCAGUUUGUGCUAAAUCCUCCGCUCAUCUCUGCUCUAUUCUUCUCGUGUAAAUCUUUGAAUGAUUCAUGCAGAAAUCCAAGAGGUUUAGGUUUGCAUCGGUCUGUCUGCAUGCGAGCUAAUGACAGAUGCAUCGUUCUCACUUUUUCUGACUAUUGCAGCGGAUGCAGGAAGGCCUUUGAUGCGAUCUGUUGUUUGUGUUUAGUCCGGGCUGGGCGCCACCUCGCUGGAUCCGCCGCCGGGUGGAGAAGAACAGAUUUUGGGAGGUGAAAGGGAGACAUGAGGUCGCUGAGCAUCGUGACGCCUGACCGAUCAUGAUGAAGACCGAAUCCACAUCCAAGAGCACCGGCUCCGGCUCCACGCUCAGGAGCCCGUCCCCGCACAGGAACGCGUACGAGGCGGGGAUGCAGGCCCUGAUGCCGGUCAAAGACGGCGCCGCCAACGGGGACGUGCAAGAGGGCCCCCGGGGCCGCAGGUACGGCUCCAACGUGCACCGCAUUAAAAACAUGUUCCAGCAGAUGCAGACCACAACCGGGGGCGACGUGGAGGCGGAGGACGGCGCCAGGAUGGUGCGGCUGUCCCUGCCCAGAGCCGGCAGUCUGAAUGAAAACGUGGACCACAGCGCGCUGCUGAAGCUUGGAUCCACCGUAUCCGAGCGCGUCAGCAAGUUUGACCCCAAGGCCGAGAACGGGCACCAGCGGGCCUCCUCACCCAGCUACUCCAAGCUGCAGGAGACUCGUCGCAUCUUUGAGCAGCAACAGCAGGAGAAGCAGGAGAGGCUGGAGAAGCUAAGCACCACCAGGGUCCUGCUGAAGACUGACAAAGCCCCGGGUUUCCAGGAUGGAAGGCUGGACAUGGUGUCUCGCUUUAAUGGCAGCACAGAGUCCCUUGACAGCCUGGACACCAGUGAGGCUGUCUCCCCCACGGUGAGCCAGCUCAGCGCUGUGUUUGAGAGGGCUGCUGAGCUCCGGAACAACCUUCACCGGCUAUCCUCCACACCACCGCUCCCUUCUCGAGGGGUAAGCGCCAAGGUGGGAGUGUUGAACUCAAAGAUAAUCACCAAGAGGGUUAGUGCCUUUGCAUCAGACCACCAGGAAGAAGAGAUAAGCAAUCAGAAGGGCAGAGAGGGGCCUCCCAGGGGCCUUAGAGUAAGGGCUGAAAGCAUCAACGGAGGCAAGAGUGCUGGCAAGUGUCCCCCAUCUACUGAACAUUUAAGUAAUGUUGGACAGCCUAUUGAGCAGAGAGAAAAGACUGUUGUAGAUGUUGGUGUGGAGGCCAAAGGGAUUGUCCAACAUGAAAAUUUGCCUGGGGCCAAGGGGCCAAACAGCACAACCUUGCAAGGUGACCUCCAUGGGUCUGUCGAGAACGGAGAAGCUGGUGCAGAGGAGAAAUGUUCUCCAAAGAAUGACGGGACGCUAACACAGGAGGAGGAGAAGGAGGAUGAGUAUGAGGAUGAGGACGACAGGACUCAGAGGGACGGCAAGUCGGACCAUGACCUCACAAACAUCAGUACAUGCAGCACAAUGGGGGAUGAUUAUGGAGAAAGCCAAAAGGAUGAGGAGGAAGAAGAGGGCGAUGAGCACUAUGAGCCUGAAUCCAGCUGCAUGGAGAUUCCAGGGCUGCCUGUGGAGGAGGAUCCGCCCCCUUCCAGGAAGAUCCGUUUCAGCACCGAGCCAAUCAAGGUUUUUGCCACCUAUCCAAAUGAGGACUACGACAGGCGUAAUGAAGAUGUGGAUCCAAUGGCCGCAUCGGCAGAGUACGAGCUGGAGAAGAGGGUGGAGAGGCUGGACCUGUUUCCUGUGGAGCUGGAGAAAGAUGGAGAUGGCUUGGGCAUCAGUAUUAUUGGGAUGGGUGCAGGAGCUGACAUGGGCCUGGAGAAACUGGGGAUCUUUGUGAAGACGGUGACAGAAGGAGGAGCAGCACACAGGGAUGGCAGGAUCCAGGUGAAUGAUCUGAUUGUGGAGGUGGACGGGACCAGCUUGGUGGGAGUCACCCAAAGCUUUGCCGCCUCCGUACUCAGGAACACCUCAGGAACUGUCAAGUUUGUGAUUGGGCGAGAGAAGCCUGGCGAGCAGAGCGAAGUGGCCCAGCUCAUCCAGCAGACCCUGGAGCAGGAGCGCUGGCAGAGGGAAAUGAUGGAGCAGCGCUACAAUCAAUACAUGGAUGAACAAGAGGGUGGUGAAUAUGGCACAGAUGAGGAAGAGGAUGAGGACGAGGAGGCCAGCCCACCGUAUCCCAACGCCAUCGAGGUGUUUGACUUGGCAGAGAAUGAGGACAUGUCACCUCUGGAGACAGACCCUGAGAAACUCGCCCACAAAUAUAAGGAGCUCCACAUAAAGCAUGCUGUGACCCAGGCGGAGAUCCAGCAGCUGAAGAGAAAGCUGCACCAUGCUGAGCAGGAGAAGCAGCGCUGGCGUAUGGACAAGGCUCAGCUGGAGCAAACCCUGCAGGAGAACAAAGAGCGAAUGGAGAAGCUGGAGGGCUACUGGAUGGAGGCUCAGAGCCUGUGCCAGGCUGUGGAUGAGCACCUGAAGGAGACCCAGGCUCAGUAUCAGGCCCUGGAGCGCAAAUACAGCAAAGCCAAGCGGCUGAUAAAGGAAUACCAGCAGAAGGAGAUUGAGUACCUAAAGAAGGAAACAGAGCGAUGUGCGCAUGUUGGAGCUGAAGCAUCUCUUCUGAAAGAGGAGUCGGGACAACUUCAGGAACAGGUGGCUGACCUGGAGGUCCGGGUGGAGGAACUUAAAUCUGAACCCUUAUAAAAGCCUUUUUUCAUUCCACGUUAAACUUCACCUGAUGAACUGAACUGCAGGGUAUCAUCUGUGUCCAACAUGACCCCGGUCACACGCUCUGUGUCUUCAGGCCUUGUGUUUCAGCCAUUUAACCUUUUUAACCGCGUUUUUUUUCUUUUCUGUUAUUGUUCAUUGAAACCAUGAAACACCACAGACACAGACUCUAAAUGUAACCCUUUUUUUAAUUUUAGCAUUUGUUUUUCCCCAUAAUUUGUUGCUGUUGCUUUCCAUUGCCAAAAACAAAACCCUUUCUUUGGUUUACCUGGUAUUGUGACCAUUUCCUUCAGUUUUUGUACAGAUGUGAUACUGUGUGUUUUCAGUUUGGGUUGUAAAAAUUUUAAUGUGGAUAACAUUUAACAUAAUAUAAACCGAGAUUGGAAGGUUGUUGUAUAUUUUACUUGAUAAGGAUGUGGAAAAAAAGGAAGGAGAAUGCACUGAAGACGACGGCACGGCGGUACAUGGAUGGAAGAAGGAAAAUGGGAACAAGUGGGACAUGAUUUCAAAAUUGUAGUAAUGGUAACCUUCUUUUAGAGGUCUCAUCACUUAACCUUGCUGCCUACCUUCUGGAAGUGUUUGUGUAUUUUCUAUCCACCGAAACCCAUCAAAAACCGAUUGUUCCACUGGUUCCGAUCCCUUGUGUCUUUUAGAAAAAUGGACCACAAGAAACAAACCUGGAACUUCUGUGGAACAAGUAACAACAGAUCUCUGUUUUUUCCUUCAAAUGGAUGUUGUUAAAGACUUGUGUAACUGGAACUACCAAUACCUGAACCAUUACCAGACUGGAAAAAAAAAACACUUUUUCAAAGUCGUUACCAGCAGCGAAGUUUUCGUCUUGAACCAGCAGCUGCACUUGACACCGCCGCGUGUAGCACAUGGAAAAACACUGCCAGGUUUCUACCUGUUUCAGUUUCUGCACAGUUUAAAGCAGUCACCUGUCGUUGCAGUAUGUUUGUAUAGUUCAGGUCAGACCUCAAUAUUUUCAAUUUGCAUAAUAUUUAUAAUGUAGUCAAGAAACAAAAAAAUGGACAAAAGCAAAGAAAAAGGUAAUCGAAUAGACAAAGCUGUACUGUGUCAUGUUUAAACCAAGUAGUAGAUCAGGAUGGUAAUAAAAACAAAAUUUAGGAUUACUUAAUCAAAAAAAAAAACAGGCAUGGUUAUGACUAUUUUCAUAAUUAUUAAGGCUUGUACAGUGCACAUGCUUUGCAUUGUAUGUUUUGUGGAAUAAAUGGUCAACAGUGA